CAGAGCCCCAGAGGCCGGACAACUUACAGCUUAAUGGCUUUACUUUUAGAAAAACUAACAUCCUUCCAAUCAUAUAUUUCUUAGCCAUCAGAAAAGAAAUAAGACAUCAAAGGUUAAAAUGACUGGUUUCAAUUUUUGGAGAUAAAAAGAAGUUUUCUGGAAAAUUCUGGUAACCAGAGAGAGGGUGGAAGGUUAAACUGCUGGAAGAAGAUUGUGGCUAAAUAAAGGUGCUGCGUGAGUGAGGCCUUAUUGGGGAAAACUGAACAAGGACCAUCUGUGCUCUACCUGCAUCUCUGCUUCCUAGUUGAUUUACAGAAUGAGAUUUCCACAGAUUCUCAAGCAAAUGCAACUCAUUCAAGUGUUCUAGAUCAAAGAGGCUCGGGAAGACGUGUUUCAAGUUUCUGAUAAUAAAAAAAUAUAAAUUUUCAGAAAAGUCCUGGGAAUAAAGUUAAAGCUUUGACAUGAAUGAACAAGAAACUCUACCUGAAAUGAUCAAAGACUGGACCAAAGAGCAUGUUAAAAAAUGGGUAACUGAAGAUCUUAAAAUUGAUGAGAAAUAUGGACAAAUGUUGCUCAAUGAAGAAGUGUCAGGAUUAGUUCUGCAGGAACUAACUGAAAAGGAUCUUAAAGAAAUGGGGCUACCACGGGGUCCAGCACUUCUGAUAAAACGUACAUAUAACAAAUUGAUUAAUAGUUGCCCUAAAAAUGACAAUCAGGAUUCAGCACAAUCAGAUCUUACAAAACCUUCCAAAAAAGAACAACAAAAAAAGCCAAAACAAACCAAAAAGGAGGAGGAAAAAAUGUCAUCCGGUAUUGAUCAUGAUCUCAGAGAGAUCGGGGAUACCACAGAACAACAGUCCAUUCUUACGAAAGAAAGUGCAUUAAGUGAAAGAACAAACACUAAAKAUGAGAAAAAAAAUGAACUACAGACUGAACAGUUGACUUGUAUGUCAUAUCCUUUUGAUCACUUCCAUGACAGCCAUCGCUACAUAGAACAUUAUAUUCUACAGCCUGAAACAGGACCACUGAAUCUCAUUGACCCAAUUCAUGAGUUCAAAGCUCUCACCAACACGGACACAGCCACAGAAGAGGACAUCAAAAUGAAAUUCAGCAAUGAGGUCUUCCGGUUUGCAUCUGCUUGUAUGAAUUCACGCACCAAUGGUACCAUCCAUUUUGGAGUCAAGGACAAACCUCAUGGAGAAAUCAUUGGUGUGAAAGUCACCAGUAAGGAUGCCUUCAUUAACCACUUCAAUCUAAUGAUCAAAAAGUAUUUUGAAGAAAGUGAGAUCAAUGAAGUCAAAAGGUGUAUUCGGGAGCCAAGGUUUGUGGAGGUCCUCCUGCAGAACAAUACAUCGUCUGACAGAUUUGUCAUUGAAGUCGACAUCAUUCCCAAACACUCUAUAUGUAAAGAAAAGUAUUUCUAUAUUAAGAUGCAAUGCUGUACAGAUAAAACGUGGAAACAACACCAAGAUCAUUCACUAUUCAUUAGAGAAGGAGCUAGCUCUAGGGAUAUCUUGGCCAACAGCAAGCAACGGGAUAUAGAUUUCAAAAAAUUUUUACAAAAUUUAAAGUCUGUGGUAGCAUCUAGAAAAGAAGCUGAGGAGGAACAUGGGAUGAAGGUGACUAAGAAAAAGAGCGAAGGAUUAAAACUGGUUAAGCUUCUCAUCGGGAACCGAGAAUCAUUGGAUAAUUCCUAUUACAACUGGUAUAUUCUUGUAACAAAUAAAUGCCACCCAAAUCAAACCCAGCACUUAGAUUUUCUUAAGGAAAUCAAGUGGUUUGCUGUGUUGGAAUUUGAUCCUGAAUCUGUGAUCAAUGGAGUGGUCAAAGUUUACAAAGAAAGCCGAGUAGCAAACCUUCACUUUCCAAGUCAGUAUGAAGAAAAGACAGCUAGUGUGAUAGAGAAGAUUUCUACUCUGAAUCUUUAUGARCAGCCCAGCUGGAUCUUCUGCAAUGGCAGAUCGGACCUGCAAAAUGAGACCUAUAAACCUCUAGAACCACAUUUAUGGCAGAGAGAUAGAGCUUCUGAAGUCAGAAAACUGAUUUUAUUUCUCACAGAUGAAAAUAUAAUGGCAAGAGGGAAAUUUUUGGUGGUAUUUCUCUUACUCUCUUCGGUAGAAAGCCCAGGAGACCCACUGAUGGAAACUUUCUGUGCCUUCUAUCAAGCUCUCAAAGGAAUGGAAAAUAUGUUGUGUAUCUGUGUAAACUCACAGAUUUAUCAAAGAUGGAAAGAUCUACUACAGACAAGAUUGACAAUCUCAGAUGAGUUAGCAAACCAUACUAUUUCCACUUUAAAUAUAGAACUGGUAAACAGUACUAUCCUUAAACUAAAAUCAGUGAUUCAGUCAUCACAAAGGUUUUUGCCCUCCAGAGGAGGCGCCUCAGUUAUCCUAGAGAAAAAGGACGAGGAUACCUUGGUCGCACUGGAAAUCCUCUGUGAAAAUGAAUGUAAAGACACAGACAUAGAGAAAGAUAAGUCUAAAUUCCUAGAAUUUAAGACAUCAAAAGAAGAACACUUUUAUCGCGGUGGCAAAGUAUCCUGGUGGAACUUCUACUUUUCUUCUGAAAACUAUUCCUCACCUUUUGUGAAACGGGACAGAUAUGAAGACCUUGAACGUAUAAUAAACGAGUGUGCAGAAUGUCCUAAACCACUAUUUGUGAAAAUUAUCAACCUUUAUCACCAUCCCGGCUGUGGAGGUACUACACUGGCUAUGCAUGUUCUCUGGGACCUAAAGAAAAAGUUCAGAUGUGCUGUGUUAAAAAACAAAGCAACUGAUUUUGCAGAAAUUGGAGAACAAGUAAGCAAGUUGAUCACCUACAAGGCAAACAGCCACCAGGAUUAUAUUCCUGUGCUUCUCCUUGUGGAUGAUUUUGAAGAACAGGAGAAUAUCUACAUUCUGCAGAAUGCCAUCCAUUUCAAUUUAGGAGAGAGAGGUUUGCUCUAUGAAAAGACAUUGGUAAUUAUCUUAAACUGCAUGAGAUCCAAGAAUCCAGAAGAAAGCGCCAAAUUAGCAGAUAGUGUCUCCCUGAAAUCCCAACUUUCUCCCAAAGAACAACGAGCUUUUGAGGUCAAACUGGAGGAAAUUGAAAAGCAGCACAAGAACUGUGAAAACUUUUAUUCCUUCAUGAUCAUGAAAGGCAAUUUUGAUGAAGCAUAUGUAGAAAAUGUAGUAAGGAAUAUCCUCAAAGAACAGAACAUUGACACCAAGGAAGCACAACUCGUUUCUUUCCUGGCUUUACUCAACACUUACGUUACUGAUUCUACAAUUUCAUUGUCACAGUGUGAAAUGUUCUUGGGAAUUACAUACACUAGUACAUUCUGGAAACCUGAAAGCCUAGAAGACAAGAUGGGAACCUAUUCUACACUCUUAAUAAGCACAGAAGUUGCUGAUUAUGGGAGAUACACAGGGGUGCGUAUCAUUCACCCUCUCAUUGCCAUUUACUGCCUAAAGGAACUGGAGAAAAGCUAUCACCUAAAUCAAUGUCAAAUUGCCUUGAAUAUAUUACAUGAGAAUUUGUUCUAUGAUUCUGGGAUAGGAAAAGACAAAUUUCAGCACGACGUGCAAACUCUCCUGCUUACAAGGCAGCGCAAGGAGUACGGAGAUGAAACAGACACGUUGUUUUCCCCAUUAAUCGAGGUUUUGCAGAAUAAAGAAAUUGAAAAGGUCUUGACUGAAGGAAGUAUUCGAUUCCCACAAAAUGCAUUCAUUUGUCAGGCCUUAGCAAGGUAUUUCUACAUUAAGGAGAAGAAUUUUAACACUGCUCUGGACUGGGCAAAUUUGGCCAAAAGACGAGCACCUAAAAAUUCCUAUAUCUCAGAUACACUUGGUCAGGUCUACAAAAAUGAGAUCAAAUGGUGGUUGGAUGAACACAAAAACUGUACAAACAUUACUAUCAAAGACCUAACUCAUUUCCUAGAUGCUUCUGAAAAAGCCUCCAGAGCAUUCAAAGAAUCCCAACUGCAAACUGAUAGUAAAGAAUAUGAGAUUCAAACUUGGUCACCACAAAAGUCCCAAAGAAGGUAUGAUACAUAUAAUACGGCUGGGUUCUUGGGUGAAAUAGAAGUUGGUCUUUACACUAUCCAGAUUCUUCAGCUCACUCCCUUUUUCCAUCGGGAAAAUGAAUUCUCCAAAAAAUUUAUGGCCCAAUUUCUAUCUGGAAAGGAGGGCAUUCCUCCUGAUCCAAAAAAUGAAUAUUAUUUGGCUCUUAGCAUGUACACAUCCCACCUACAAAAUUUACAAUCAGAUUUGAAAAAGUGCUUUGAUUUUUUUAUUGAUUACAUGGUUCUCCUGAAAACAAGGAACAYCCAAAAAGAAAUGGCAGAAGUCAUAUUAAGCAAGAAAGUCAGUCGCUGUUUCAGGAAAUACAAAGAAAUUUUCUGCCAUUUGGAUUUAAGUCCUUUAGAAGGCAAAGAAUGUCAGUUGCUCCAGGAGGAGAAUUGCAGGAAAAGUCUAGAAGCUUUGAGAGCUGAUAGGUUUUCUGGACUCCUGGAAUAUCUUAAUCCAAACCACAAAGAGGCCGCAACCAUCAUGGAAAGUAUAGUCGAUAAAUACACCUUCCUGUUGCAGCAGAACCCAAAUAAACGGCUGACGAAGGAGAAACAGAAUUUCAUUUUGGCCAACAUCAUUCUCAGUUGUCUAAAACCCAAUUCCAAGUCCAUCCAACCACUUACCAAGUUAAAAAAAAUGCUCCGAGAAGUCUUGCAAUUCGUAGGACCAAGUCAUCUGUAUUCUGAUCCUUAUUUCUUGGCCUGCCUCUUGUUCUGGCCAGAAAACGAAGAACUAGAUGAAGAUUCCAAACAGAUGGAAAAGUAUGUUUCCUCUUUAACUAGAUCUUUCCGGGGACAGUACAAGCGCAUGUGCAGGUCCAAGCAGGCAAGCACCCUUUUCUAUCUAGGGAAGAAGAAGGGUCUCAACAGCAUUGUUCACAAGGCUGAGAUAGAGAAGCACUUCAGUAAAGAACCAAAUAUAAAUGCCCUCUGGCAGAGUGGACGUGUGUGGGAGAAACAAGAAGUCAAAGAUCUCCUGCGUCAGCUGAUUGGUCAGGCCGAAGGCAAGUUAAUCUCUAUAGAAUAUGGGACCGAGGAAAAAAUAAAAAUACCAGUGACAUCUGUGCAUUCAAGUCCCCUCAGAAGUGGCAGAAAUAUAGAAAGAGUGUCCUUCUACCUAGGAUUUUCCAUCGAAGGCCCUAUGGCAUAUAAUGUAAAAGUGAUUUAAAAAUGUAUUAGUUCAAACAUGUUUAUUCAUAUCUGCCUAAGAUUGUGUUCCUUCUCCCUAUUACCACGGCAUUUUCAUGACAUUGUUGGCUUAAUUCUAGUAUCAUAUUUUGCUUUGGUCUCUCUGAAUGAAUUAUAAGCCUUUCUAGAAAAUGAAAUAUGUUUACACUACAGAGCUCAACAUACAGCCUAGUCAGUUACUUAAUAUUUUAGACAUGUAUU